ACACUAGGGAAAGAGAGACAGAGGGGCAGAGACCCAGAGAUUCGUCUGCGAUGGUGAUUAGGUCGGCGUCGAUCGUCCUCGUUGCGUUCUCGUCCGCCGUCGAUCGUGACUCGUUUAGCGUCGAUUCUCCUCCUCCGGCUCGAUCGUCCUCCUCUGGCGUUGAUUUUCCUCCUCCGGCUUGGCCCUCCUCCUCCGGCAUUGAUCGUGAGUUGUCCAGCGUCGAUCGUCGUUCGUAAGCAAAGCUUGGAGUGCUCGAAAGAAACUAAUAAAAAAUUGAGAGGCUACUGAACAGCGCCUCGUCUUCCCUGGCGAGGCACUGUAGCUGAAAAUCAAAGUAGCUAGCCACCGGCGAGGCUGCUGGAGAUGAAUUUUCUGCUUUUAGCUAGCUAUAGUAACAAAAAUAGAGGAAUAGAGAGGCUUCUGGAAGAUUGGAAAAACCAUAUCAAAAUUCCUAAUUCCUUAAUCAAUCAUUCCUUAAUUAACUAAUUCCUUAAUUGAUCAAAUUUCUUUCAAAAUUCCCGCAAUCUCUCUCUCUCCCUCUCUAAAUGCAUUUCAAAAUUCCCGCAAUCUCUCUCUCUCCCUCUCUAAAUGCAUAUAUAUAUAUAUAUAUAUUCGCAUACACACAGCUAUUCAGUAUGCUGUUGUAGUUGUUGCAAUGGAGAAUUUCUUUUUGCUGAUUUUCUUGUUGCUGAUUUUCUUGUCGCUGCUUAUGAUAUUUCUUCAGAGGAUGAUUCGACUUUCAGUUGGUGGGAGAAAAUUAGAAGGGCGUAAAUCUUCCUCGGGAAAAUCCGGUGUGGGCUCCUCUUCACACCCUGGUUAUAAUGUUAAGAACACGACACUUCGUGCAUCACUGAACAAAGAUGUAACACCUGAUAAUAAUCAAAAUGCCAUGAGAGCGCCUCAAGCAAAUUGUGACAAAGUAAGAAAGUCAAAUAUGUCCAAGGAAUCUACUGCUAAGACUCGGGAUUUGACUUUUAAAUCUGGAUGUGGAAGUAAAACCAAUGCUGUUGCAAAGUCAACCCACCUAGAAACUGUAAAAUCAAAGGUUAACAAAGUUGUGCCUUCUAAAGCCACGAGGCUACAUAGAGUCAAUUCACAAGAUUCUGUCACUGGUGCUACAAAAGCCAUGAGGCUACAUAGAGUCAAUGCACAAGAUUCUGUGAAUGGUGCUACAAAAGCAGAUGACAAAGUGGUAGUCAACAAGAAUAAUAGACUUGGAAAUGGUAAAGAGAACGUUACGAGUCAGAGACCCAACAAUGGAGCUGGAGGCUUUCUUUUCCUGUUGAUUGGUUAUUUUUUGAUCUGGGAAUGGUAUAUUCACUUCAAUAUGUUAUGGAUUCUUGAUCUUGGUCUAUUUGGGUUCAUGUUUAAAACUAGGUUUUGA